UCCUCGUGGAUUUCUACUCGUUUUUUUUUCGAGAUUCAAAAGCUUCGUCAACUAACAGCGGCAUCAGUAAAAAACGCGUGCAUGACCGUCUACGCGACUCAUGGAAUUCCUGCAAAGCUGUGCACGGAUAAUGGCCCACCGUUCAACAGUGCAUGCUUCCGAUCUUUUAAUGCACAGCUCGGAACCACCCACGUAACCUCAAGCCCGUACUAUCCGCGUAGCAACGGCAUGGCAGAGCGCGCCGUGCAGGAGGCGAAAAAGUUGCUAACAAAGUGUCCUUUUGGAACUUUUGAAUUUUACAGCGCUUUGAUGGAGUGGCGAAAUAUGCCAAGGGACGAACAACUGAAGUCACCCGCUCAGAGGUUGAUGGGCCGCCAAACAAGAACGCAACUGCCAGUUCUCUCCAGCCACCUGGAACCUCGGACGGUGUCGCCUCAAUGUGUUCGUAAUCGUCUCAGUGAAAUAAGAGAGAAGCAACGAAUCUUCUACAACAGGACGGCAAAACAUCUACCCCAGCUUCACAGUGGUUCUCCAGUAUCAGUGUACGACACCAUACGCCGACACUGGUCUCCAGCUGUGGUCGUAGGUCCAGCAGGCCCACCACGGUCAUACACCUUAACUACAGACAGCGGACAACAGCUGCGACGCACCAGGGAACAUCUGAGUUCCAGAGCAGAGCAACCUGCGUCCUCCCCUGGAAAGACUGCUUCCGCGGAACCACCAUUACAGCCUCGCCAGGAGACGGAACAGCCACCUCAGGACGUCCUUCGUAGAAGUAACCGCUUGCGCAGAUCGCCACAACGGUAUCCCCUGCCAGAGAAACCAAUAUGAUAGUUCUCUGUCAUAGAAAUUGUUUCGUGUCUGUUUUCUGUAUCUUGAAAGGAAGGAAGAUGUAACCAUGCGCAUUGUCGCAUUAUCAUGUACACGUGCGCACUUGAUGCUCCUAGUGCGCAUGUCAUGUUUUGUAUCGGCCCUUAUUUAAGCAGGGCCUUGUCUCCGAAUAAACACACUUCGUUCCCUGCAUCACGCGCGUCU